GAGACCGUUCAUAAUUCAUAUUACGAAGUUGACUGUGUCGUUAUAAUUUUGAAAGUAAUUUGGUCGUUGCUCAUCAAAACUUAUAUUUUUUAUUUAGAAUUGAGUUUAAAAUUGAUUCACGCAUGUGAAAAUAUUACAGAAUUAGUGUCGAGUGUGGUGUAUUUAGAAACAAUGAUUGCAUUUUCAGAAGACGUCGGAAAGGUUUUUGAGGAGGUCCUCCAAGAAAUCUCUCAGAAUGUUCGUACAUUGAUGGAGGAACUGUGGGUAACCUGGUCUCAUUUGGGUGUUGAUGAAAAAUCGAAAAUAAGUAACAUCACUAGGUUGGUACAAAUAGAAAAGGAGUUCCACCGAGAUAUCAUCUCUGAGACUGGUCAAAAGCUCAUCGCUUUACAGGCACAAGUUGAUAAACUUAAAGAAGAAACUGAAGAACUCAGCCGAUGCCUCUCAGUUGAUAUCAGUAUAUUAGAUUUUAAAGAAGAUAUGAUGUUAAUAGACUAUAAAAAACAGUUGGAAAAUCAAAUUGCAGGAUACAGAGAGCAAGUUGAGCAGCGCAGGACAAAAAUGGAAAGACUACUGGAAUGGCAGAACGAUCUGGCCGAUAAACUAGGUGUCACCAUACAGGAGUUGCAGGAGAUACCUCUACCGUCUGAAGAUGAGCUUAACAAACUCAAGGUUCAUUUGGAGAUGUUGCAAGCGGAGAGGGACAAGAGAGCAGAGACCUUUCUGAACACUCAAUUCGAAAUUAAGGAUAUAAUGGAUAAAUUGCAAAUCAAACCUCAGAACAAAUUUGAGCAUGCAGUGGUUACUUCAUUGUCUGUGGACUUUAGAGUGACUGACAUGAAUAUGGAUCGUCUUGCUAAGCUACAGCAAGACUUACAAGAGAAAUACGAGCAGACCAAUAAUAGGGUGUUGGAGCUGCGUGAACGUCUAGCCAAGCUGUGGGAUUGUUUGGAAGAAGACCAAAUCUACAGAGACAAUUUCUUGCAAGCUCACCCUGGUUGCAAUCCCCAUACUGAGAAUGCUAUCAAGGAGGAGCUUAAGAGAUGUGAUCAGAUCAAACGCCAGAAGAUUUCAGUAUUUGUAGCAAACGUCCGCACAAAGAUCAAGCUAAUGUGGGACAACAUCAUGUACUCGCGGCAAGAGCGUGAAGAGUUUGUGCAUUACUAUGAAGACAUUUUCACUGAAGAUACGCUUACAUUACAUGAAUUGUACUUGGAUAAAAUUACCAAGUUCUACAAUGAAAAUAAGCAAAUCUUCGAUCUGGUAUUAACCCGCAAGAAUCUAUGGCUCAAGAUGACGGAGUUGGAAGCUCGUGCGUCAGAACCGGGACGGUAUAACAACCGUGGAGGGCAACUGCUCAAGGAGGAGAAGGAGAGGAAGGCUAUUGCUAGCAAUUUACCGAAAAUCGAGGCACAAAUUCGUGAUCUGGUCAUGGAGUAUGAAGCUGUAUCUGGCAGGGAGUUCACUGUCGAUGGGAAACCUAUUCUGCAAUUGAUGCAAGACGAAUGGGAGACUAGAAAAGCAGAGCGGCACAACAAGGUGUCAGCCCGCAAGCAGGCGCUGACGCCGACGACGCCGUCGUUCCGCUCGCUGGCCACGUCGCCGCUCGGCAAGCGCGACCGCACCGCCGCCGGACUCGCGCACACCGCCGACCGACACAGAUUGCCCAUCAAGAGACAACUGGUGACGGGUAGCGCUAAGAAAGCCACCUCCACGUUUGCGUCCAACCUCUCUGCGCUCAAGAGAUCGGCGAUAACUACUGUUAAGAGGCGUAUAAGUGGAAGGCUAGCGGCACGUACCGCCGCAGAUGGUGUAGGGGAUAACGCCAAACGCAAACUGAACUAUGGGGAAGAGGGCAAGAAGACGCCCAAACUUAUUGUCAACGGCAGCAUCCUGAAACAUAAGCGACCCUCGCUGGGCCGGCGCCGCAGCACCCGCCGCUCGCUGAACGCCACGCGCUCGACCGACGGCGCCGAGCCGCGCGACCCGCUCACCGAGUCCACGCUGCUCACCACCUAUACGGACUUUAAGGAUGGCAUCCACGAAAAACAAGUGAGCCGCAGUUCGAUGGCGUGCAACCCUAAUGGCAUCGUCCCGACCGUAACAGUAACAGAAAACACCCCAAAAAAACCUCCGCGCAACUUCCAAAUGACGCCUAAAGUAGGCAAAGAGAACAACCUGCCCGUUACCCCCACGAAUCUCAUAUUCACACCCACAAGACUAACCAGAUCGGCGCUAAAACUCAAUAAUGAUGGGUUUGCUACACCCAGGACGCCAUUAAGCUCGAACAAAGCCAACCUCCAACGUCAGAACACGGCGACAAACAUGGCGGUGAAAACUACGCCCGGUAAUGUUAGCAGAUCAAAAUCACAUUCCCAUCUCAUCAGAGCGAAAAAUCUACCGCCUCUCAUCUAAGAUUUCUCGGUCCGAUCGAUGGUGUAAUGUAUUUUAUGUGUGCUAGCCAUAUGGAACAACUGACUUGUACUGUAUAUUGAAAUGGUUCAAAUAUAAAGAUAACUCCAUACUUCAGUACCUGUCUAUAUAAACAUAUGAGAGACUAUAAUUCCGGCCAAGAUACGAAACCGAGCAUUUAAAUAAUGCUUCGACAUUAUUUUUUAUGUAACACGCGUUACCAUAAAAGUUGGAAUUGAGAAAUGUGCCUUUGAAUAUUUAUAUGCACUGUUUUUAUUAAUUAACAUAACAUCUUAAAAGGUUCCGUCUUUUAUGAUAUCUUACAUAACUAUUAGCAAAUCGCCUUAUGAUUAUAUCGCUCAUAUGUGAUUUUCAAUGUUUUUACUGACCAUGUAUGUAUAUUGUAUAUGCCGUAGAAAUGUACAAUAAGUUAUUUUUCAA